AUGAAGAAGCCCAUGGCGGCCGGCAGCGGCCGCGUGAACGUGGUGCCUAUGCUGCUCGUCUUCUGCUUGGCAUACGUGCUAGGCUUGGUCUCCAACGUCACCUUCGACAACUUCUACGUCCACAACUUCCUGUCGCCAUUGAUGCUGCCUGCCUCUCGGCUGCAAACGCCACCGACAACGCCAGAAGCUGUACCAUGCAUCCUGCCUCCGUCGUUGCCCCCUCCCGAGCCGACCCCGCCGUCAUUGGAGAGACGGAGAAUGGAGAGUGGCAGCGGCGCCUUGCACAACAUGACCGACGAGGAGCUGAUGUGGAGGGCGUCCAUGGUGCCGAGGAUCAAGAGCACGCCCAAGCACGGGAUCGUUCCCAAGGUCGCCUUCCUGUUCCUGGUGAGGGGGGACGUGCCGCUGCGUCCCCUAUGGGACAAGUUCUUCGAGGGCCAUGAGGGGCUCUAUUCCAUCUACGUGCACACCAGCCCCGACUACACCGGCUCGCCGCCGCCUGACUCCCCGUUCUACGGCCGCAUCAUCCCGAGCCAGAGAACGAGCUGGGGAAAUAUCAACCUGAUGGACGCGGAGCGGCGGCUGCUGGGAAACGCGCUGCUGGACGUUGCCAACGCGCGGUUCGCGCUGCUGUCCGAGUCGUGCAUCCCCAUCCUCGGCUUCCCGGUCCUGUACGCCUACCUCACCGGAUCCAACACCAGCUUCGUCGAUAGCUUCGACCGCCGGGACGGGCGCGCGCGGCACCGGGAAUUCUUCGCCGAGCGGAACAUCAGCCUGGCGCAGUGGCGCAAGGGCGCGCAGUGGUUCGAGAUGGACCGCGCUUUCGCGCUUGAGGUGGUGUCCGACGAGACCUACUACGGCCCGGUGUUCCGGAACGGCAAGCACGGGGUCCGCAACCUGGAGGAGCACUAUCCCAUGACGCUGGCGAGCCUGCUGGGCUGGGGCAGCCGGAACGCCAACCGGACCGUCACCUACUCCGACUGGCGGCACCCGGUGGGGCAGCACCCAAAGAGCCACAACGGCAGCGAGGUCACGGAGGAGCUCUUCGAGGAGAUGAGGCGGGGCUACGGCGACUGCUACUACAACGGCGGGGUGGCGGAGGUGUGCGCCGUGUUUGCGCGCAAGUUCAAGCCGGAGGCUCUCGACGCCCUGCUCGACCUCGCUCCCAAGUUGUUUGCCCCUGCCUGA